UAGCCACAAAAUUUUUGCAAAGAUCCAUUUGAAAGCAUUGUUUAGAAGUUCAAAGUUAAAGGAACAGCGGCGUUGAUAUUAUUAGAUAUUAGUGGCUGCCAUUUCUGGAAAUGGGAACAAGUAGAAUCAAAUAAGACAAAAAAAAAUUUCAUCGGGUCAUACAGGAAUUGCCUAUAAGUUUUCCACACUUUUGUAAUGAACGAGUUUAAUAUGUUUGAGUCACCAGAAGUGAUUAAAAGUUGCAUUUUUGUAUUUAAUUUGUAUACACCAUGUAUAACACUGGUUUUGCUGGGUUAUUUAACUGGUUCUGUUUAGUUUGUUUAUUGCAAAAAGCUACUAAUUUGCAUGAUUUGCCAAAACGUCUGGUCUGCCCUGAAGUAAAAAAAAAAAUUCAGGUGCUUCAGUUUAUUAUAUUUGAACACAAACAAACUAAAUGGUUCAUGAACCUUUAAAACUAAUUUGAAAUAGCUCUGGCACAACUUUAAGAGCUUAAUCACAGCUGUUAUUAGGUUGCCAUGGGAACAGAUUUGUUAAAAAAAACAUGCAAAACAAUUGUUUUUUUUUAAAUACAAUGAAGCAUGGUUUAGAAAAAACUCUGGCAAUUUAAAAUUAGCUUCUGUGUUUUAGAUUUCUUUCUGGGUUACAAUGACUGAUUCUUUCAUAAAAUGAAGAAAAAAAACGGAGCAAAAAAAGCUUUGCAGGGAGGUGUCAAGGAAAAUGCUUCCAUCAGUCUUAAAACAAAGGAGAAGAAACUAUUAGGCGUGUCAAAACAACAGAAUAAUCCCUCAAAAAACCCAGCCGGAAGAGGCCUUGGAAAAGCCGGAGCCAAACGUCUGGGUCGGCUUCUGAAACGAGUCGUUCAGCCUCAGGAGGAACCAGCGGCCGUAGCUGCACUUCCAAAGACUCCCGUUCGUCUUUUCAAACAUCAGAUUGAAAAGAAAGCCGAUAAUGCACCCGCGGCAAAGUUCUCGAAGCAGCAGGUUUCCAAGCUCAUCCUUAAUGUGGUCUCCCAGUGCAAACAUAAAGGGGGCAUCUCCAUGGAUGAGCUCAAGGAGACACUGGCCGCCGAAGGCUAUGAUGUUGCAAAGAACAAUCGGCAAGUUAAGGUUGUGACGGAGCAGCUGCUCAACAACAAGACACUGGUGAGAACUACAAGAAACACCUCACUGAGACUCAACAAUAAGAAAGUAAUAAAAACAAAGAGUGCAAAGAUGAACAAAGCAACAUCUCAGAAGCCCCCACAAGAGCUGUGGAAGAAGACUCCAGCCAAAAGAAACCCUGAAGAAGAGACAAAAGCACAGAAAAAUAACAAAAAUCUGGCCAAAGCAAAAGCCAAAAUACAGAAAAUGCAAAGAAAUACUGACAAAGCAGCACCGAAGUCCAAGAAACAAAAAAAGCAGUCACCCAAACCCAAAAGAAAACCCCAAAAACGAGCCAGGAAGAGACCUCAACUCAGAAAGAACCGAUGCAUGCGAGCUCAAACGCCACCAGCAAAGACUACAAAGACACAUAGGCAUCAACCAAAACAGGUCAAAUCUUCUAGGAGAAAGCAACCACAAAGACGGAAACUUCCUAAAAGAAGCUCAAAGCGGCAGAAAAAGCAUCGCAAGAGUUACAGGAGAAGCUAGAAGCACUAUGAUUGGCAAUAAACUGAAGUAUUUUUAUCAAUCUGACCAUUCUUUGUUGCUUUAACUGUGUUGAAUGAAAACUUUUCAGACAU